AUGGCGACACCAAAGCCCCUUCCCGAUCUCAAGAUCCCUUUCUCCCAACACACCGUCAGCGUAAGCAUCAUCGACACCACAGUCCGCAUCACCGGCCUCCCCACCGCCGCCUUCACCCAACCCGAAAUCCCCGGCUACUCCGUCAUCGUCGGCGGCUGCGCGUACAGCUUUCUGAUCAAACACAACAACCCCGCCGCCUCGGGCAAAUACGGCAACCUGCUUUUCGAUCUCGGCGUGAGGAAAGAUGUCGAGAAUAGUCCGAAAGUCGUCGUCGAUCAGGCUAUCGCGGCGGGCUUCCAGAUGGAUAUCAAAAAGAAUGUGUACGAUAUCCUGAAAGACGCGGGCGACGAUCCUGCUGAUGUGGGAGGGAUCAUUUGGUCUCAUUAUCACGUUGAUCACACAGGCGACCCCUCCGUCUUCCCCUCUACAACAGACCUCAUAGUCGGCCCAGGCUUUAAAAACGCCUUCGUCCCCGCCUGGCCAACCGUCACAGACAGCCCCGUCGACGAAAGAGCCUGGGCAGACCGCAUGCUGCUCGAAAUCGACUUCGCCGGCCCCGGCAGCCUGACACUAGGCCGCUACCGAGCCCACGACUUCUACGGCGACGGCAGCUUCUACCUCAUCGACUCGCCAGGGCACGCGGUAGGACACAUGUGCGCUCUGGCGCGUACUUCCGCCAACCCCCCUGAAUUUGUGCUUUUGGGCGGUGACGUGGCGCAUCAUGGGAGCGAGUUCAGGCCUAGUGAGUAUGUGCCGCUUCCGGCGGAGAUUGAGCCGAAUCCGCUCGUGGCGCCGUUUGCGAAGGCGACGUUUGUGUGUCCUGGGUCGAUUUUCGAGGCGAUUCAUCCGCUGAAGAGCUCGACGCAGCCGUUUGUGAAGGCGGUGGGGUUCAUUCAUGAUGAUGCGCGCGGCGCGUGUGAGAGUGUGGACAAGCUGUUGGAUUUCGACGCGCAGGAGAACAUAUUUUCCGUUAUUGCGCAUGAUUUGACGCUCAUGGAUGUGGUGGAACUUUACCCCAAGACGCUGAAUGAUUGGAAGAAGAAGGGGUUCAAGGAGCAGGGAUUUUGGCGGUUCUUGAGGAACUUUGACACAGGCAAGGAAGAGUACAAACCUGCUUGA